AUGGAGAGUCCUCACGAGCAUCAACAGGCCGUCCUGCUAUCACGCAUCAUUACGAACGUUGAAAAACUGAACGAGGCCAUCAUGGUCAUGAACAAAAGCCUACAGGAGGUCAACAUUCAAAAUAUGAACGUGGAGCUGGUUGCGCAAAUGUUCAAGAAUUACCAGUCCAAUGUCCUUUUCCAUUUAGAAGCAACGGAAAACCUGACGGAUCCUUCUUGA